AUGGCGGUACUUUCCGGUGCGGCUACUGCAUUUCCUACAACAAUUAUAUAUACCGGACCAAACGCCAAUCAAUGGGAUGAUAUGUACUCUGAAGAUGAAGUAGGCACAGAAUAUGACAGCUUGUAUGAACUUGUACAAGAAAAUAUAGAAAUACCUGCGGAGGGAACACCAAAUCCCAACUAUUCGACUAACCCCACGGCCACAUGGAAGGCAGCAAAGCCACCACCCACUGACGAGGAUGGUUUUUAUCAUCCUGGCCAAGUGUGCGCACUGCCAUGCGCAGUAUCAUCUUCAUCUCCAAUUAACAACAAUUAUCUCGACGGUCAAUUGGAUAUAGAUGCUUGGACAAGCCCUUUCUCAACAAGAAGCAAUGUCGCCAACCACCCCAGUCAAUCAGCAUCCAAAGCACUAUUCUUAUCUCCUACGGAGGCCAUUGGAUACUCUUAUCCCGAGCCUGAACAUAACAAAGUUUGGACAACGCUUGCGUCUCCAGCCCAGAGUCAUACGUCAACUGCGAGUACUCCACACACCUCACCGUCUAGCAGCACCACAGCUGCAACCACUUUAUUGGAUACUACCCAUCCGCAUAGUAUUCAUGAUGCGGCCCCCGGCACAAAAGCAGCUACAACAAUUGGCGCUCUACUUGCCGCUGGAGUGAUUGCGGGGCUGGUCCUGUGUUGGCUUCAGAAGAAAAAGAGAACUGUGGAAGCAAUGAAGGCAAACCACAAUAAUUCCAAUACAGAUAAUGGGAAGAGCACCAGAGUCUUCCCACUCAGGCAAUACACAUCCGGCAUGUACACAGCUACCGUUACAAAAUUAUGUACAGUCGCUCGAUUGAUCAAGUCUGCGUGGACAUCAUACGCCAAACGUCUCCCAAACAAGAAACACGCAUUUAGCAUCUAUAAAACCAGCAUGACCACGCUAUGCACAGGCUCUGAAUUCACCGGGUCUGCUUGGAUAUUAUGUGGCCAAAACUUACACUUCCUAUUCAGGCAGCAUGUAUUUGGCUUAUACAAAACCAUUGUCACAACUCUAAGCACAGCCACUGGCCCAAUUAGGUCAGCUUGGUGGACAUCCUACAUCGAUGCACACCAUAACCACCAGCGCACUCGAUGCAUUGACUGUUCAGCGGAGAGCGAUAAUCUGGGUCAUCCGGCAUACCAGUUGGAAGUGGUCUCAAUUGAUGGGAAGACUGUGACGCCUGAAACAGCGUCAUCUUUAGAUACAAUCGUCACGGAGACAAGUCAACGUAAGGAAGAACCAGCUAUUACCCUAUCCCAGACUGAAGAGGGUACCAUCACAAAUGAAGAUAUCUCGAAGUAA